GUAAGGCCGCUUGCCUGGGCUUCUGAGUCGCCGCAGCCAUGGCCAGUCAGUCGCAGGGCAUCCAACAGCUGCUGCAGGCCGAGAAGCGGACCACUGAGAAGGUGUCCGAGGCCCGCAAGCGAAAGAACCGGAGGCUGAAACAGGCCAAAGAAGCUCAGGCUGAAAUUGAACAGUACCGCCUGCAGAGGGAGAAAGAGUUCAAGGCCAAGGAAGCUGCGGCCCUGGGAUCCCAUGGCAGCUGCAGCACUGAAGUGGAGAAGGAGACCCAGGAAAAGAUGACCAUCCUGCAGACCUACUUCCGGCAGAACAGGGAUGAAGUCUUGGAUAAUCUCUUGGCCUUUGUCUGCGACAUCCGACCAGAAAUCCACGAAAACUACCGCAUAAAUGGGUAG